AUGGGUGAUUUUAAAGAGACAAUCGCCAUGCCCGCCACCGAGACCAGCACCAAUGACUGGGAAAAUCCGCACAUCUUCCAGCGGAACAAGCUCCCUCCUCGUGCAUUCUUUCUCCCGAACACAUCGUUGUCACUGAAUGGCAGUUGGGACUUCCAUUAUGCGCCAUCUCCUCUGCUAGCACCUGCAAUUGGUAGCGAUGGGAAAAGUGACCCUUCUGUUGAUACUAAUGAAUGGACGAACAUCACCGUUCCAGGCCAUUGGCAACUUCAGGGGCAUGGAAGUCCCAAUUAUACGAAUACCAUUUUCCCCUUCCCUUGCGACCCACCGCGUGUGCCCAGCCACAAUCCUACGGGUACAUAUCGCAGAUCCUUUACGGUUCCAUCGGACUGGGAUCUUUCUGCACAAGUACGUCUUCGGUUCGACGGCGUGGACAGUGCGUAUCACCUCUGGGUGAAUGGACAAGAAGUGGGAUACGCCCAGGGGAGUCGCAAUCCAGCGGAGUUUGAUAUAACCAAGCUCAUUCGCCAUCGCGGGGAGAACGAUGUGGUCGUGCGCGUGUAUCAAUGGUCAGAUGGAUCGUACAUUGAGGACCAGGACCAGUGGUGGCUGUCAGGUAUCUUCCGCGACGUCACCCUACUUGCUUUCCCAUCGGUAGCUCGGAUUGAAGACUUCUUCGUGAAGACCGAGUUGGAUCAAUCCUACACCGAUGCUGUGUUGAAAGUCACAGUAAAUGUGCUUGCGACGGAAUCAGUGCUGUUGGAAGCGACAUUGCGCAGUCUGCGAGGUACACAAGACACAAUCGGAUACGAAAAAUUAUCUGUGGUUGAGAAUGGAUCGGUCACCUUGACAAUUCCAGUGAAAAGCCCCAAGAAAUGGACCGCGGAGACACCAAACCUUUAUGAUCUCCAGAUCACCUUGGGCUCUUCAUCAAACGGAGGUAAACCACUACAAGAGAUCAACCAUCGGGUUGGUUUCCGUCAGGUCGAGAUCAAAAAUGGAAACAUUACCGUCAAUGGGACACCAGUGCAAUUCCGAGGUGUCAACCGCCAUGAUCAUCAUCCGCUCUUUGGUCGAGCUGUGCCUUUGUCCUUUCUCCGAGAAGACCUUCUCCUUAUGAAGCGCCAUAAUAUCAAUUCCGUGCGGUGCUGUCACUACCCGUCCCAUCCCAAGUUAUACGAGCUCUGUGACGAGCUUGGGUUAUGGGUUAUGGACGAAGCAGACCUAGAAUGCCACGGGUUUUAUGACGCAGUCGCACGUCCUCUCGACGUCCCAGAGUCCAUGGACUAUGAGGAGCGUAAGAAAUUAACCUUUGAGAAGGCUGCUCAAUUCACCACCAACAACCCGGAGUGGAAGGAUGCCUACGUCGAUCGUGCGAUCCAAAUGGUCCAGCGGGACAAGAAUUAUGCUUGCAUCGUCAUUUGGUCCCUUGGUAACGAGGCAUUCUAUGGCCAAAAUCACCAGGCCAUGUAUGAUUACAUCAAGGCUACCGACCCCAGCAGACCAGUCCACUACGAGGGAGACCCGGAGGCAAAGUCGGCCGACAUGUUCUCCUAUAUGUAUCCGUCAGUGGACAGGAUAACCAAAUUGGCCGUUGCAGAAGGCGACAACUUCAAGAAGCCUAUCGUGCUCUGUGAGUAUGCUCAUGCGAUGGGCAACGCCCCUGGCGGCCUAGAAGAAUACAUGGAGGCAUUCCAGAAGUACCGACGCCUGCAAGGCGGGUGGAUUUGGGAGUGGGCAAACCAUGGUCUAUGGGAUGAAGAGCGCGGUUUUUACGCUUACGGUGGAGAUUUUGACGACUACCCUAACGACGGCACGUUUGUCAUGGACGGUCUUUGCUUUAGCAACCAUACCCCCACUCCUGGUCUGGUUGAAUUGCACAAGGCUUAUUCACCUGUACACGCGUGGUAUGCCGAUGGUUCGAUAUGCAUCGAAAACCGGUAUGACUUUGCCGGUCUCGAGAAUUUGCAUGCAUUCUACCGCGUAGAAGUAUUGGACUCCGAAUCCACUGUCAUUGCUAGCGGUACUCUUCGCCUUCCCUCCAUCGAGGCUGGAAAAACUGGGAAGUUGGAAUUCAACCCAGAUCUUCCUGCCAUUUCAGAAGGGGAGAUCUGGCUGACGGUCAGCUUCCAGACUACGCAGGAUAAGCCCUGGGCUGCCAGUGGGCAUGAAAUCGCUUGGUUCCAACACCAGCUCAAGACCCUCGCUGUGCGGCCCAAUCCUCCCGCCAAUCUUUCCAUUAAGUUGGAGUCUAGUAGAGCCGUUCAUACCGUUAGUGGCUCUGAUUUCAGCCUUACGUUCUCGCGUUCCACUGGAGGGUUGACCGGCUGGACGGUGAAAGGUUACCAACUCCUUGACUCCGAUUCCAAAACUGGCAUGGCCCUGGUUCCAGGCUUCUGGCGUCCUCCAACCGACAAUGACAUGUCCUGGGCUCUUGGAGAGCGACGCCGGUACUCAGUGGAUGACAUGCGAGUACAGCUGCGCAGCAUGGAUGUUGCGCACUUGGGUGAUGAUCGCAUUCGGAUUACGACAGAGUCGUGGUUGGGCCCACCAGUCCUCGCAUGGGGCUUCGUGGCUACCACGACCUACACUAUCGGUGGGGACGGCCAUCUGGUUGUCUCCGUGCACCUCAAACCUCAAGGUCCAAUGCCAGCAGACCUUCCUCGACUGGGUCUAGACCUUCGCCUCGCCGACGCAUUUGACAAUGCCAAAUGGCUCGGUCUGGGUCCUGGGGAGUCCUACCCAGACAAGAAGCGCUCUCAAAAAUUGGGAAUCUACAAGGCUACCACGGCACAGCUCCAGACCCCAUACGAAGUGCCCCAAGAAGGCGGAAACCGAUCCGAUACCCGUUGGCUACAACUUAGCGACAACCGUGGCUGGGGCAUCAAAGUCUCUCGGAACUCGGUGGAUACGGAUAAGGACACUGGUACUGCUUUCCAAUGGGUCGCAUCCCGGUACAGCGCAAAGCAAAUUGAGACUGCCAAACACCCUUGCGAUCUUGUUCCUGGUAAGACGGUUCUUGUCCGGAUUGAUGCUGAGUCCAGCGGAGUGGGAACUGGUGCUUGUGGCCCGACGACUUUGGAGAAGUAUCUUGUGCCCUGUGAGGAGCGAAAAUUCCAGUUUGAAUUUGCUCCUACUUUUAAGGAGGGUCAUUGA